AUGGCUUCAAUCAAGUUCUAUAUCAUCCUCCAUUUGUUACUUGCAAUUACUUGUGCAUUUGCCCAUGAUCUAAUCGACAUAGAUUGCCAAUGUAAGGAUGGCAAGCUAAUCAACUGUGAUGGAGACAGGGGGGCCAUAGAUCAGAGUAAAGCUGGCGCUGCCGAGGGUGGUGGUGGUGGCGGUGCUGGGGACAAAGGAAAAGACACGGGAGGCAAUGAUGCGGACAAAGGAAAAGAUGGGGGCAAAGGUUCAGGAGGCGACGAUGCGGGUGGGGACAAAGGGAAGGAUGGGGGCAAAGGUUCAGGAGGCAACGAUGCGGGUGGGGACAAAGGAAAAGAUGGGGGCAAUGAUGCGGCUGGGGACAAAGGAAAAGAUGGGGGCAAAGAUGCGGCUGGGGAUAAAGGAAAAGAUGGGGGCAAAGAUGCGGCUGGGGACAAAGGAAAAGAUGGGGGCGGUGAUGCGGCUGGGGACAAAGGAAAAGAUGGGGGCAAAGGGAAAGAUGGAGGGAAAGAUGCGGGAGGCAAAGGCAAACCCACAGGUCCAACUGGACCCGUGGGUCCGCCAGCUAAUGCCCCGUGGUACGAUCCACCACUAUAUGGACAAAAGCCGUUGGAUACCGAUUAUAAGGGUGAAUGGAUUAUACAUAAUCCAAAUGUGGGUGUUAACGCAAUGCAAUUUCAGUUGAUGCCAAACAACAAGGCUGUUUGGUUUGAUACCACAAACCUUGGCCCUUCUACCCGAGAACUCGGUCCUAAGGGAAACUGUCCCACCAAUCCAGACAAUAACAACGAACCUGAUUGUUUCGCUCAUGCUGUCCAAUAUGAUGUCGAGACAGGCGAAGUAGUUUCUGUUUAUGUGAAAACCGACCCAUGGUGCUCAUCGGGACAUUUGUUGCCCACUGGUGACCUUAUAUCAACCGGAGGUAAUAGAAUGGGUGAUCGAUCUGUUAGAUUGUUCUCACUCAAAGAUCCCGAACCUAAGUUCGUUGAAAGAGAACAAGCGCUCAGUGCUGCUAGGUGGUACGCAUCCAAUGCUGUUAUGGAAGACGGAAGUGCAUUGAUCGUUGGAGGCCGAGAUUCUUAUAGUUACGACAUUAUGCCACCACAAUUUGACUUCAAGCCAACCAAGAUCGACUUCCCGUUUCUUCAACAAACCACCGAGCCAGCCGUUGGGGCGGGCCAACACGUUGAGAACAAUCUUUACCCGUUUCUGUUUUUCCUUCCUGAUGGAAACAUGUUCAUUUUCGCAAAUGAUCGCGCUAUUAGUUUUAACCCAAAAACAGGCGCGACCGUUAAGGAGUACCCACCGUUAGAAGGGGGGUCUCGCAACUACCCGCCGUCAGGUCAAUCCGCACUUUUCCCUCUACGGCUUAGCCCAGACAAUUCUAAACCGGUCCCCGUUGAGGUGGUGGUUUGUGGUGGUAAUAAAAGGGAUGCUUUCCCAAAUGUUGAUGCCAAGUACACCCAAAACAGAGUGUUUUCCCCUGCUUUGGCCGAUUGUAAUAGACUCAAGGUGCUAGCUGAUAAGCCGGCUUGGGAGAAAGAACAGGACAUGCCAUCACCGAGAACCAUGGGCGAUCUUUUAGUACUUCCAAACGGACAGUUUCUUCUAAUAAACGGUGCGAAAAAGGGUACUUCAGGAUGGGAAGAUGGUGAGGACCCCAACCUCACACCGACCGUAUAUAUGCCAGAAAACGAAAUGGGCAAGAGGUUUAAGGAACUUAAACCAACAACCAUUCCUAGAAUGUACCAUUCAUCUUCCUCGGUGCUUCCUGACGGAAAGAUUCUGGUCGUUGGUAGCAACGCUCACCAGUUCUACACAUUUGAUGGUCCUUUCCCAACAGAGCUACGGGCCGAGAAAUUCUCACCUCAUUAUCUUGAUCCUAAACUAGACGAAAAGAGGCCCGUUAUCAAAGAAGAUGGUACUGAUAAGGUUUUGAAGUACGGUAAACCAUUUAAGGUAACGUUUACAACAAAAUCGAAUAACAAUUUGGGAUACGGGGAUGUUCUAGUCACUCUUUUGUACCCACCCUUUACGACUCAUGGUUUCUCCCAAAACCAAAGGCUGCUCAUCACUGGGGUGGACAAGAUUGAUAAAAAUGUGAUCACCGCCGUAGCGCCACCAUCAGGGAAGAUCGCACCGCCUGGAUAUUACUUAUUGUUUGUCAACCAUCUCAACAUUCCUAGCCGUGGCAUGUGGGUGCACAUUGACUAGUAGCUAGUUAUUUAGACUAGACCCUUGUUCUAGUUGAUCUAUAUAUGUAGGAAAAAAGAUGUUUGUUUCAUUUCGAUUGUACGCACUACACUCUCUUUUAGCACAUGUUGCAUGCAUUUGAAUUUGAAUAAUAAUACGGAGUAAUAAUAGAGAGGUCAU